GGCGCUUAUCAGCACGCAUGGCGAGUCGAGUUUCAUUCUAGCUCUAAAAAACUGAUUAAUAUCGGCAAAUUAGAGAUUUUACAGCAUUAUUAACAAUGAAACCCAUCCUUCUUCAGGGCCAUGAAAGGUCCAUCACCCAGAUUAAAUACAACAGAGAGGGGGACCUGCUGUUCUCAGUGGCCAAAGACCAGUUUGUCAACGUGUGGUACUCUGUGAAUGGAGAGAGGCUCGGCACUUACAACGGCCACACUGGAGCUGUUUGGUGUGUUGAUGUCGACUGGGACACGAAGCACGUGCUGACCGGAUCUGCCGAUAACAGCUGCAGACUCUGGGACUGUGAGACAGGUAAACAGCUAGCCGUGCUCGAGACCAACUCGGCAGUGAGGACGUGCGGCUUCGACUUCAGUGGAAACAUCAUCAUGUUCUCGACCGACAAACAGAUGGGCUACCAGUGUUUCCUGAACUACUUUGACGUGCGAGACCCCCAGCAGAUAGAGGACAACCAGUCUUAUCUGUCCGUGCCAUGCAACGAGUCGAAAAUCACCAGUGCAGUGUGGGGGCCGCUGGGAGAGUAUGUGAUCGCCGGUCAUGAAAAUGGAGAAAUCAACCAGUUCAGUGCAAAGUCUGGAGAAAUUCAGAAGACGGUGAAGGAGCACACCAAGCAGAUCAACGACAUCCAGACAUCGGUCGACCUCACCACGGUCAUCACCGCCUCCAAAGACUGCAGCGCUAAGCUGUUCGAUUCCUCGACACUAGAUCACAUCAAAACCUUCAAAACCGAGCGACCGGUCAACUCUGCUGCCAUCUCGCCCAUCAUGGACCACGUGGUGAUGGGAGGAGGUCAGGAAGCCAUGGAUGUCACGACCACUUCUACCAGGAUUGGCAAAUUUGAGGCCAGAUUCUUUCACGCUGCUUAUGAAGAGGAAUUCGGAAGAGUGAAGGGGCAUUUCGGCCCGAUUAACUGUGUGGAAUUCCAUCCCGACGGCAAGAGUUACAGCAGCGGAGGAGAGGACGGCUACGUCAGAAUCCAUUACUUUGAUCCUCAUUACUUUGAUUUUGAGCUUGAGGCCUAAAACCGACAGCAUUCCUGAUUUAAACACCCAAUCAGCACCAUAAUGACUUUCAUGGGCUGCAGCUUUUCUGUACUAAUAAUGGACGUGAAGUUCAGACUUUUAUUAUUCAAAUAUUCUGAAUAAACUGGAUCUGACUUGCAACUGAUCUUUCAGGAGUCUGAUUUUAAUGUAACUUCUAUUAAAGAGAACAUGAAGAUUUACUUGCUCGGGGUGGAGUGUGCAAAGUACAAGUACAAGUGCAGGCAGGAGUGAUUUACGAUAGUGAAAGAGAAAGUACGAGACAGUAGUGUGACCUGCUAUGUUGUCUGGCUGAAAUAAAGAUUCUGUGAUUCA